AUGCAUCGGGCGGACAUUGACCUGGAUUCCAAGCAGCAGUUUGCGGACUUGAAGAAGCUCAGCCGCAAACAGUUGGAGGCUGCAGGGGGGUCAAGCGCAGAGGCACCGCGGCGGUGGCAGAGGCCGAAUGGAGGCACGGGACAUGGCGGCCGAAGAAUUUUGGAGGAGGGGCAGGUGCAUGAGAUUCUCGUGUCAUCUUGCACCUCCCACUCCUCCAAAAGCCCUUCUCAGAUGAAGCGAGCUGUUCGAAUCAUCCGUGCCAUGGGGAGGCUUCCUGCCCCCAAGCAGCCUUUUGCAAGAACUGUCGGCACAGAUUGCAGCAACGCGUUGAGACAACGACUCCGGGGAGUUGUGGUUUGCGUGGCAACAAAGGGCACACCGCGUCACGGGAAGCCCUAUGCAGCAUUUGAGGAGCAUCGGCCACGCCGGGGGAAGGAAGUCCUACAAGCUUUGUCGGAAACUGAUUUAGUUUGUGCUGCACGCCUGUUUUCAGGCGCUGCAGAAUGUUUCAUCACGCUCCAUAGAAGUGUCGUAGUGAUAGUGAGUGACUGGAGGACGCGUCGUUCGAGACGAAAGAAGCCUUUGACGGCGGAGUCCACCGAUGUGCUCCCGGAAUUCGAGCGCACGACCGUUGGCCCCGCGGCGAGACCAGGGUGUCUUCCUGUGUAG